CAAGGCGUCGGUCUAUCAGCACGCUUACAGAAUACUGGCCCUGUCCCAGGCAGUCAGUUAUCCGACUUGCCCGAACAUGCCAAGCUUAUUACCAUAGGCUAGGAGGACACUGGAGGUCGGGAGAGGUGACGUACUACUAUUGCUGGCAGUGAAGAGGAACGUCCCUGUCAUUCAAGUCGCCUUGGAUAGUUGCGCGUGCGGUGACGUGACAUAAAAUGCCCGACCUCACCUGUAACCAGUUCACUCAGAACGCCUGAAAAGAAAAUGUCAACAAUAUCAUAGCAAAUAAACGUAGGCUUUUAUUGCUCAGUUUCCACUGACAGUAGUUUGCAUUGCUAUCACUAAGUAUGGGGUAGCCUAGCUGUUGUGACAGUUGUCAGUCCUGAAAACAUCACAGUAGAUCUAAUCACCUCAAAAGAGAAAGAGAAAACGCCCCAGUGACCUUAAAUCACUUUAAAGUUGCACUUUGUUUUGUAAACUCUUGUUGAUCAACCCAUCUAAGCUGUGUGUGCGUGUGUGUGUGUGUGCGUGUAUGUGCCUGCACGUGUGUGCGUGUGUGUUUGUGUGUGCGCGUGUGCGCAACAUGCAUGUCCAUGUGUAUGUGCGUGAAUGGUGUAUGCGUGGCGUGCAGUGUACAAACGGCCACCUGAUGUGCGCCGGCUGCUUCAUCCACCUGCUGGCGGACGCGCGUCUGAAGGAGGAGCAGGCCACCUGCCCCAACUGCCGCUGCGAGAUCAGCAAGAGCCUGUGCUGCCGCAACCUGGCGGUGGAGAAGGCCGUCAGCGAGCUGCCCUCCGACUGCUCCUUCUGCCUCAAGCAGUUCCCACGCUCCACCCUGGAGAGACACCUCAGCGAAGAGUGCCAGGACAGAGUGACCCGGUGUAAGUACGUGAGGAUCGGGUGCCCCUGGCAAGGGCCGUACCACGAGCUGCCAGCCCACGAGGCGGCGUGCCUCCACCCGAGCAAGAGCGGCCAGGAGCUGAUGGGGAUCCUGAGCGACAUGGACCAGCAGCACCGCAGAGAGCUCACCCUAUACAGCUCCAUCUUCAACCUGCUCUGCUUCGAGAAGAUCGGCUUCACUGAGGUGCAGUUCCGGCCGUACCGCACUGACGACUUCAUCACGCGGCUGUACUACGAGACGCCUCGCUUCACCGUGCUGAACCAGACUUGGGUGCUGAAGGCACGCGUCAACGACUCGGAGCGCAACCCCAACCUCUCCUGCAAACGCACGCUCUCCUUCCAGCUGAUCCUCAAGAGCAAGGUGAACGCUGCGCUGGAGUGCCACUUCCUGCUGCUGAAAGGCCCCUACGACGACGUGAAGAUCCAGCCCGUCAUCCAGCACCACGUCUUCUCCAACGACGCCAACGAGACCGAGUACGUGCCGCUGCCCAUCUGCGACUCGGUGGAGUGCAACAAGCUGCUGGCCGCCAAGAACAUCAACCUGCGCCUCUUCAUCUUCCAGAUCCAGAAAUGAGACAAGAGGAGAGGAGCUGGGCUGGGGGUGGAGAGGAGAGGAGUGGAGUGGAAUGGGGUGGGGGACAGGACGGGAGGAAAUGUUGUUGGUGUUGCGGAGAGGACAAGACAAAAGGAGUGAAGUACCACUGGCCACUACGAACGUCAACCCGCACCUCCUCAUCUUCUAGAUCCGGAAAUGAAACGAGAGGAGUGGGGGAUGGGAGGGACUGUGGAGAGGGUGUUGACCUUGUGGAGAGGACAAGGCAAAAUAAAUGACAGGCGUGAAGGAGAAGCACCACUGGCCACCAAGAACAUCAGCUGCUGCUGCCCCUGACUUCAUCUUCCAGACCUAAAAAAUGAGAAGCAGAUCUGGGGAUGGAGUGAGCUGGGCGACGGGAGGGAAUGUUGAGAUGGGCGUUGGUGUUGCGGAGAGGACAAGACAAAAGGACAGGAGUGAAAAACAAAACAAAAACAAAAAGAACCACUGUCCACCAAGAACAUCAACCUGCACCUCUUGACUUCCAUUUGCCAGAUGAGAGACGGAGGGCUUGGGUGCAGUAGAGUGGGGGAUGGGAGGGAAUGGGUUGAGUGAGGAGAGGGAGGAUGGUGGUGGUGGAGAGGUUAAGACAAAAGUACCACUGGCCGCCAAGAACAUCAACCUGCGCCUCCUUAUCUUCCAGAUCCAGAAAUGAGAUGAGAGGAGCUGGCCUGGGUGGGGUGGGGUGCUGUUGUUGGUGGGAUACUAGACUGGGCCGGAGACUGGGGGUUGGGGGUUGGUUGUUGUGAAUGGGGUCAAGUGGAGGAGGAGGAGGGUAGUGGUGGUGGUGGUAUUGUUGUUGUUGUUGUUGGGAAGAGGAUAAGAAAAGGGGUGGGAGAGAAGAAAUAGAAGAAGUACCACUGAAAAACACAGAUACCUCUAAGACAAAGAGAGCGAGCAAGCGAGAAAGAAGCCAAGAGUUCGAUGUUGCUGCACCUAGGUCUACUAGUCACAUGGGUGUGUGUGAGUGUGAGAGAGAAUGUGUGUUUCAAGGUAUGGGUACGUGUGAGUAUGAUUAUGUCCCAAGCUUUAACCAUGGCUUUAAUCCUGGUGUGUGUGUGUGUGUGUGUCUGUCUGUGUGCGUGUGUGCAGGAGGUUUUAUUUUGUUUUUGGACAGUGUGGGAUGGGGGAGGGUGGUUUGGGGAAAGGUGUCAGUGAUUCCAUCAUGACAUUUUUUAUUAUUUAAAGUGUGUGUGUGCAUGUGUGUGUGUGUGUUUGUAGUGGUAGUAGUAGUGUGUGCAGACAAUUGUACUCAAAAGAGUCGUUGUCCUUGUAAGCUAACUUUUAUUUUAUUUUAUUUUUACAUCUUUUUUUUAUUAAUGAUAGUGUGUGAGGACCUUUUAAUUACUUGAGUUGAAUUUGUUAUAAGGGGGUCCAAGCAGUCAAGCAGCCAAGCACACUAUUGGAGUUGUGGUAUUUUCUUUUCUUUUCUGUUUUUUAUUCAAAUGUUUUAUUUUCUUUUUUUCAGCAACAACUCAAAAACAGACACAAGGCACAGGGACACGUAAGCAUGUAAAAAAUAUACACAGUAUGUUGUAUUAUAGAUCUGUAGUUGCUUCAAAACAGUUUUAGUUGCAUCCAGACAAGCAGCCAUGCAUCUUGCGUUUUGCUUUUUCUUUUCUUUUUUUUAAGUAGCAUUAACUAUAAAUCUUGCAUCAGAAUGCUUUCCCACCCCAAGGUUUUGUGCGUAGUAGACAUUGAUUGGAUUAUGAGUUGAUCCAGUCACCAAUGUUCUUGGGUUCAGUUUCUGCACGACUUUACACAUUUCCAGUUUCACGAAAGUUAACAUGUUACUGUGAAGGAAAAAAAACCUGAAACUGACGACUUUCAGCCAGCGUGAAAGUUCAAGAUGGGUCAAACUCUUCAUCUAUAAAAGUAAUUGUUACGUUUUGAAGAGUGUGCUGUUAAAUACACAUAGAUGCAUACUGUGAAUGUAUUGUUUUUCAUGGUUAUAUCAGGUUUGAUGGUAGUAGCCUACAGUCUUUCUUUUUUCUGGCAAAUUUUAUUUUACUAUUUUUUUUUAUUAUUAUUAUUAUUUAAAAUCUCCAGAAAUCUUUUCUACCGCUGAACAGUCAUGGAAAGAAAAUGAAACAAUGUAUGCAGUGAUUUUUGUUUGUUCUUUUUUAUUAUUAUUAUUAUUAUUAUUUUAGUUUUUUGUCAAGUGAAAAAUAGAAACUGCUGAGAGACAGAGAGAAAGCCUUUGGAGGCUGAUUCAAAUGCUACCCACUGGAGCGUAACUGCUUGGACCCUGUGGAACGCUGCUUGCAGUCCUGGCGCCCCAAAAACCCCACCCUACCCAUCCCUCUCAACACCCCCAGAAAGUGGUCGGCGUGUUUGUAAAUGUGAGUGUCCUUGACUUUGUGAGGGUGACAAUCAGGUUGACUACUGAUGUCACAGAAACCAUUGAAACUGAAAAGUUCAGCAACCCAUUUCUAACCAGAUUGCAUUGUCAUUUUUCAGUUUGUUUGUGCGCUGUGCAUAUUUGCGCAGAUUUGAUCGUGUCUGUGUAAUAAGGAACGCAGUGUUUGGCAACAACAAAUCUCCAAACGUCUUAAAUCAGCUGGCUCAAUCCCUGCUCUUGUGCAGAUUAUAGGGAGAGUGUCUGAUGGUCAUGUGAUCAAAGACUCCCCCACCUCACCCCACCCCACCGUAUCACUCUCAACCCCCUCCCAAAAAGUUAUCUGUAUGUUUGUAAAUGUGAGUGCCCAUAGGGGUAUUCCAAGUAUGCAGUUAAGUGAUAAACCUGGCUAAGUAAACCUGUAAAAAGUGGUGCACCUGCUACAUAGCAGGUGUCUGAGUGAAGAAGAUGAGGCGUUCCGGUUCUUUUCAUUUGUUUAUGUACCACUACUACCUUCAGGUUUACUUAACAUGGGGGGUAUUCCAAGGACAUAGUUAAGUGGUUAGCCUGGCUAAGUGGAUCCUACAAGAAGUGGUGCAUCUAAUAACAGAAAGAUUAUCAGAUUAUCAAUUAAUUAAGAAAAUUAUGAGUCUGGGCUUCUAUUAAAUCAUGUAUCACUACCUCAAGGUUAACUUUAGCUGGUUUUCUAUUAAGACAGGUUCUUGUAAAACUCCCCGGGUUUGCACCUGAACCACCUUCUUGCGAUACUUCCCACUACUUCAUAGCAGAAGAGGGAGGGGGCUGACUUUGGCUACACAUCUCAAGAAACAUAGACAUACCGUAUUUCCUCAAGUAAUACCCAGGGCUACUAUUAACAAAAACAAAAUUUGAAGGAGUCUUUUAAUACAAAAAGGAAAGGCUUUUAUUUUUUUGAAAAAUGAUUUACACCAGACUACUAUGAGGGGCCUGGAUAUAAAUUUAGGAUUGACGGUAUAUAGAUGCAUACACAUCUACAUUAUGCCCAUGUCCAAAACAUCCUCAAUCCUCAAUCCUCUCAAUCCCUAUUCUUGUGUAAACAAUGCUCAUGUGAUCUAAGGCCUUGUGACUGUGUCGUGAAAGAAGAAAGAAAGAGAAGCAAAAAACAAACAGCAGGAAAGGGGACUAGCAGUGAAUAACUUAGGCACAAAAAGAAGGCGUCUUUACUGUUGUUUUCAAGCAGGGGUGGAGUAGUUAAGGCGAGACGUGAAGAUGAAGAAGCUCUGAGGCCCAUUUGUAGGACAUACAGGUCAUGCCCUUUUCAUUUAGAGGUGGUUUGAUGAUGCACAAGGCAAAAAAAUAAAAUAAACAAAACAAGGAGCGGAAGAGAGGUGUGGUGUUGUGGCCCGUCGUGUACUGUCUGGACAUGGAACCCUCGCCCUCGGCAGCAGCAGACAAGAAGACUUUUACUUGAAUUUCAUCUGAGACAAAGAAGAAGAAGAAGACAAAAAAAGCAAAACAAAAUGUGUAGAGAUUGUAAUUAUUCUACUAGAAUAUAUAGUUUGUGCUUAUAUCUUAUUUUGUUUUAUUUUUUUCUUUUGCCAACCAAUCUCAUGCUGUCUGGCUGUACAUGUGCCUUUCUAUUAAAACUAAUCUCAACUAAA